UAUUAGCAGCAGCUGAUUGGCUGACAACAGCGAUGCUGAUGAUUCCUGGAUCUGACUGAAGCUGCUGGUUUGUUUGUUUUGUUCGGGAUGAAAACAGCUGACGGGUUUCAGUAAACACCGGCAUAUAAAUCAAGCUGCUGGAGGAUUUGAAAUUUUUCAGAGAUGUUGAAGCUUCUGAGUCCUCUGAUUUGCCUGUUUUUACUUCCAGCUGCAGUGACCCUCUUCUGCUACACCUGUGUGUUUCCUGCCAUCUCACCUCUGGACUGCAUCAGAUUCCCUCUCAGGUGUCCACCUGGGCAGCUCUGCCUCUCCAGCAGAGCCGUAGGUCAGAAAGGAGACUUCCAUGUGGUGCUGUACGAGAAGAGCUGUGUCCUGCAGGCUCUGUGUGGAAUCACAGGUGAGAGGUCUGCCAUGGGACUCAACUUCACCUUCACCAACGAGUGCUGCAACACACACCUGUGCAACAGAGCUGCGAGGCCCGCUCCCCCCCUCUGGUCUGUCACGUUACUCACCCUGCUCACUGAGUGCUCGGCCUGGUGAACGAGAGAGUGGGCUGCAGCUGCUUCCAUUUGUUUCAGUCUGAUAAGGAAGAUUUAAGACUCUGAAACAUAAAACAAUUAUGUGGUAUUACCCCCACCACACACACACACACACACACACACACCACACACACAAAUAUAUACACGUGUUCCCCCUUACUAAACCUUUCAGAUCAGCAAAUGCAUCAGUUAAAACACAGAAGACCUGAGUUAUACUAAAUCCAUCAUGCAGGCUUCAUGUGGUCCAGAGUGGAACUGCAAUCCUGAGUUACCUGGGAUUAACCAGAUUAUUUAUAGCAAAAGAAAUCACCUCAAUAGGACCUGUCUGAGCAUGAAUGCUAAAAGAUCUAAAAAAGCAACACGUCCUCUUUUCUACAGAAACCCAGGAACAACAGAAGCCAGAACAUCAUCCAAAAUCCCGCAGGAACUGGUUCAGAUUAAGGUCAGAGGUCAAGAGUCCAUGAAAUAUAUUUGUGAUGUUAUUAAUAAAAACCCAUUAUACAACAAAGACUAACUAUUCCACCUGUUUGUGACUCAUC